GUGACAAGGAGUUCUCAUUUCUCUAACCGCCUGCUGCUUCCACUUCUCUCUCCUCGGUACCCCUCCUCAGUCCUCCUGCUCGCAUCUCCUGUGGGCGGCACCAAGUCUCGAGGAGGGGAGUCGAGGAAGGGAUAUUUAAGUAUUGAGAAACCCUCUAUUGUUUUCAAUGCAGAAAGAAAAAGCUAUCAGUAAACUACAGUUUAUGGUAAACUAUUCACAUUACGGUGAAAGUCUGAUAACAGCAGCUUAAUUCAUUGAUUCUCUGUCCAGUUAAUUCGUGCACCGCUUAUAUUAGGAACAGUUUCUAACUUACAGAAAGUUGCACUGUUGUCAUAGUGCUGCAGCUCGUCCGAGAAGUACUGAAGAUGGGAACAGCAUUGAUUACGAUGAGGAGAUGACCAAAUACAAACUGCUCUGGGUUGACCCUGCAUGUAAGAUCGAGGUACCUGAGCGUCUGAUAGUGAGUUAUGAAGCUUUGAAAAACUCGGGUCUUGCUGAUCGAUGCGUCUCUGUACCUGUCCGCGAGGCAACGGAUGAAGACAUCCUGCUGGUUCACAGUGAGGGAGUACUUGGAGGCGGUGAAGAAGACCCCCUUUAUGACUCUGGAGGACCUGCAGGAGUUGACCCUGCAGUAUGGGGACGUCUACUUCCAUCCAAACAUCUAUCACUGUGCCAAGCUGGCUGCAGGCGCCUCUUUGCAGCUGGUGGACAGUGUGAUGACGGGGAAGGUGAGGAACGGCAUGGCUCUGGUCAGACCACCCGGACACCACAGUAUGCGCAGUGCUGCCAGUGGAUUCUGUGUGUUCAAUAAUGUGGCCAUAGCAGCUCACUAUGCCAAGCAGAAAUAUGGGGUUAAAAGGGUGUUGAUAGUUGACUGGGAUGUGCAUCACGGCCAAGGGGUGCAGUACUCUUUUGAAGAUGAUCCAAGCGUGCUCUACUUCUCAUGGCACCGCUACGAGCAUCAGAAAUUCUGGCCUCAACUCAGAGAAUCCGACUACGACAAUGUUGGCAAAGAGAAAGGAGAGGGAUUCAAUAUAAAUGUGCCGUGGAACAAAGUGGGAAUGAAGAACAGUGACUAUCUCUCAGUCUUCUGUCACAUGCUCCUGCCAGUCGCAUACGAGUUUAAUCCCGACUUGGUCCUGGUGUGUGCAGGCUUUGACUCGGCCAUCGGCGACCCAGAGGGUGAAAUGUGUGCCAGCCCGGACAUCUUUGCCCACCUCACUCAUCUCCUGAUGAACCUGGCCGGAGGGAAACUGUGUGCUGUGCUGGAGGGAGGAUACAACUUGACUUCCCUCCCCCAGUCUGUGUGUCAAACUGUUCAAACUUUGCUCGGAGAUCCUGCGCCUCGACCUGCAAACCUUGAUGGUCCCUGUGAAAGUGCACUUGAGUCCCUCCACUGUAGCCGAUCGGCUCACAGGAAGUACUGGUCCUGCCUCAAACACGCAGCUGAGCCUCCCACCUCUGAUGUCAGCACAAAGCGUCCUAAAUUAGCAGAAGAAGAAGGAAAAGUGGAGAAUGGAGAAGAGAAGAAAAGUGCAGAAGAAGAGGUGUGGCCCGAGCCCCCGAGACGUGUCCCUGCUCCUGUCCGCACAGCUUCAGUCCUCCCUGAUGGCGUGUCCUGCCCAGAGGGGUGUGAACUCUUCAGCUCAUCAGAUGACCCGGUCACAGCCAGCAAACUCAGGGAGAAUUUCCCUAACGAUGACAGCGAUGCUCUCCCAGCCCUCUCCUGUCUUAUUGCCCUCGUGAAGAAAAUGGAGAGGAAUGAGAUCUGCAAUGGCUUGGCUUUGGUCCACAACGUCACCAUGGCGAUGACGUGUGUUGUCCAGCAUGCUGCAACUGCUCUCAGCAACCGGGUGUUGGUUGUAUGUGUUGGAGACGUGGUGGUCCCAACUCAUCACAGAGAGGAUGGGAAAACACUCCUGGUGCACUUCAGCAACAAGGAAGAGGAACAGAAAAGCAAAUAUCAUAUUCCUGUGUGUCUGAAGAAGGGCUGCAGGGAUGUGUCCGGCUUCAUGCAGGCUGUGCUGGGCCUCCUCCUGCCUCUGGGGUACGAGUAUGACCCCAGUCUGGUCCUGCUGGUCCGGGCUCCAGACGACGGGCUGUGUGACGGAGCCUGGCAACAACUAACAGGCCUGCUGCAGGGCCUCGCACAGGGACACACACUGGUGCUGAUGCAGGAAGGUGAGAGUGUAUGUGUCGGCCCCACCGCCUCCUCUCUCCUGGGGGAAGCGGCCCCCUCCCUGGGGAAGCUUCCUGCUCCUCUACCGGAGGACGUGGAGGCGUUGGAGAGAUUAAGAACCAGACUGCAGGUGCACUGGAAGCUGCUGCAGACUACAGCACCAGAAACUGGAAGAGGAGAUGAGCACUGAAGCCGAUCCUGCUCCUUACAUUUUUGUAAAGAAAUCAGUUGAAGCAAGUCAAUCAAAGGUGUUGAUCAAAUGUUGUAUUUUUGCAAGGUUUUAUUGUCCAAACAGAACUUCAAUCAUUCCCAUUGUGCCUCUUAAAUAAACAGAUGUACAUGAACCU